GAAAGACUGCAUUCCCUCCAAAGAGUUGUGCAACCAAGAGAAGAAAAGUAUUUGUGGUGUGAAUGUGUGAACCACACAGCUGCCGUCUUUACAGCAUGAAGCUGAUCAUGACUUUGACCGUGGUUCUCCUGCUCCUGGGCCUCUUCCAGGUGACUGGGACCUGGGCCCAGGUUGACCAUGGUAAUGCAGCAGAGUUGUUUGGAGAUUUGGAAGAAGACAAAGAAGAUAGUGGACUUGGAUUCAGAGAGGCAGACUGUGGAAAGUUUCGAGACACUACAUGCACCAAAGAGUUGGAUCCAGUGUGUGGCAGUGAUGGGAAGACGUACAGCACAGAGUGUGUUCUCUGUGAUGAGAACAGAAAAGCAAAGAAGAAUGUGAAAAUUGCAUUCAAAGGAUUUUGUCCUUCUUUCGACUGACAGUGACAAAC